AGUUGCGUCUAAUUUACGGUCAAGGUCACGUGACUCCCAAUUAAGCAGCCCAACCUUGAGCGCCAAAACAAACUGAGUAACUAGUUACUUUUCGUCUUUUUUUCCCCACGCUAAAAUAACAAUUCCUGAAAGUUGUAGUAAACGUAUCCACCAGCUAAAUGUCAGGAAACGGAUUAAUAUCCAGUAUCCGGAGGCUGAUACACACUGAAGAGCGGCUGAGGAGGAACACUCCGAGUCCGUUUGAACAGCUACGCCAACAGAUGAAUGAUGUCUUGGGAGAUGGUGGGAUCCUGAAAGAGGUGGUCCAGCCUGGAGAAGGCCCACCUGUACCCCAGAACGCUUCAGUAUUGAUCCAUUACUCAGGUUUCCUCGAAUAUUCAGACCGCCCUUUUGAAACCACCACUAACUUCAAGUACCCCCGGAUGAUGAAGUUAGGGAGAGACGUGACUCUGGCUGGACUGGAGCUGGGUCUGUUGACCAUGCAGAAAGGAGAGUUCUCACGUUUUCUCCUCCAGCCCCAGUAUGCGUACGGGGAAAUGGGUUGUCCUCCAUUCAUUCCCUCAUCUGCUGUGGUUCUGUAUGAGGUUCAGAUCAUCGACUUCCUCGACUCGGGCCAAGUGGACGACUUUAUCACGAUGAGUCCGGAGGAGCAGAACACUGUUUCUCUGUCCACUCUUCUUGAAGUUGUCAACACACUACGCAGCUUUGGCAACCGUUGCUUCAACCAGAGCCGUUAUGACAACGCCAAAGAUCGCUAUAAACAGGCGUUGAUGUUGCUGGGGAACAGAGAAACACCAAGUGAUGCAGAAAAGGAGAAGAUCAAGAUAGCUCUUCUUCCUCUUUAUCUGAAUCUUUCACUCACCGAGCUCCGUCUGGACAGCCCACACAAAGCCCUUAAAUACGGCAACAAAGCCUUGGAGAUAGACGCUGCCAACACAAAGGCUCUUUUCCGCUGUGGACAGGCGUAUCUGGAGCUGCAUGAGUACGAGAGUGCCCAGGGCUGCCUCAUAACUGCUCAAGCAAAGAAGCCCUUUGACAGUGACAUUAACAACCUUCUGAGGAAAGUGGCAAUAUGCUAUAAAGACAGCUUGGACAAACAGAAAGACAUGUACUCAAAGAUGUUCAAAGGUUUGAAGGGACCUGUGAAGAUGUAAAGAUGACAUGAAAAAAAAAAAGAUGACGAGGGGGAUUUCAAGGUUCAGCAGUACAAUUUCUCUCCAGCUCUGCAAAUUCUGAUAGUUAAGCCUUUUGUGUUUUUUUGCUGGUGUUAUAAAGGGACUAAUGUUGCACUGGUGUACAGUUAAUUUCCUUUUUCUAUAAAAUUCUUGCCACGUUGAAAUGUUAAUGUCAAAUAUUUGUUAAUAAUGUCGCUCAAUAGUUUUCUGUUUGAAGAUGUGCUCACCUCACAUUGAUCAUUAUUACAGAUGGAAGAACAUUUUUACAAAAAUUUGCCACCCCUCCUUUAAUGCCCUUAAAUAAAUACUGUUUCCACUGGAGUGUUUAGAUAUUAUCAUGGGGUUUGAUCACUCUUGAGGUGAUAAAAAUAAAAUAAAAAACAUUCACUUCUAA